GACUGCCGCACAUAGUGAACUGAUUUCGACCGAAGAAGGUGCAAAAUAGACACCGUGUCGGAGUCCUAAAACGAUCUACUCUGCUCUCUAACUCCGCGAAGUGGAGAGUCACGGAAGGAAGUGUUGGUGCUCGCAUAAGACUAAAAAGCAUGGUUUAUAGGCUAGCUCGGCAGUGACAAUUGCAACAUACGCGCUCACAGCAAAGCGAGGAAGAAGAAGAAGAAACCUCUCCUCAGUUGAGGAGGCCGAAACAUUCAGUACCAGGCCUUUGCAGGGUUUGUGUGUUUAGCUGAGCGGAAAGUUCUGUUCCUUUCCAGCACCAAUGAUGCGUAAGCCACGACAUGCAAGUGCCAGUAAGCCUCCUCUGGAGCGGAGGGCAACGACGCCGCCAGCCCCAGCGCCGCCGUCAACUCCCGACCUGCAGAAGAAGACUACGGACCUGCAGAUGAUGGUGCUCGGACGCGGCGGUGUGGGAAAGUCAGCUCUUGUGGUGCAGUACAUCUGUCGGCGGUUUCUCUGGGAAUAUGAUCCUACGCUCGAGGACACGUACAUCAAGCAAGUUCUUGUCAACGGCAGACCGCACCAGCUGCACAUCCGGGACACUGCGGGCGAGUGUCACACGAAACAUGACCACGUACGACGGGAGAGGCAGAUAAACACCAGUGAUUGCUUCAUGGUGGUGUUCGCUGUCACGGAUCGCCUUAGCUUCGAGGGCGUCGGCGACCUCAUUGCCACCGUCGCUCGUUGCCAGGUGGGCAAACAACGGGCAACUCAACUGCCACUCGUUCUCGUCGGCAAUAAGACCGAUCUCGAUUCAAGCCUCAGGAAAGUGUCCAACAAGGAGGCCGUCGCCUUGGCCGAGCACUACGGAAUUCCGUACUUUGAAACAUCGGCAGCCAGCGGUGGAGAAGCGGUGCGCAAGGCGUUUCACUCGGCCAUACACGCGGCCAAGGAGCGCCACCACGCGCACAAGCUCCUGUCCAGGAAAACGUCGUCGACGUCGGUGUUUGACCUGCGACUACUGCCAAGCUUCCGAGGGAAGCUCUCGCGAAUGAUCCAUAUCAGUGUAUGAUGCAGACCAAGAAACUACAUCAAAGCAGGCAUCGGUUUUCCAGCAUUCAAACUUACCAAACCAACUACUCUGAGCUUCGAACAAGGAAUCCGCGGACAAAAAUAAGAACACUUUAAACGUAUGAAUCAUUGUUGUUUGUGUUCCAGAUGUUGUCAAGUUUAAGACAAUGUUAUGUAGGAUCAUGUACAGUAGUAAUGAACCUUCUUACUAGAUAAUGGACCUACGUCGUACAGUCAUGUAGUUCCAGGACAGGAUGCCGGUGAUGGAGAUUGACCUGCUCUGUGAAGAAAAGCCUCCACCACACGUAUGACAGGAGCUAGCCUUCAAAGGAUAGCCACUGCACUAGCGACGUGGGUUGACAUACUUCCGAAGUAACAUCCUCCCGAGGGGCGCCAGAGAAUCACGCUAUAGUGUGGCAAUCUGUCAUUCACUGCUGCUGAUUCCUCCGGCAAGCGUGCGACUGCUUAUUGAGUCUGGUAAAAUUAUUACCGACAGCAACGUAUGUGUAUAUAAAGAGGCAGCCUAAAUCACCGCAUUUCCCUUGUACAUCAGCGUAAAUAGUAUCUUAUCAACCUUUGAGCUGUAUUUAAAAAAUAUCAUUGAGAAUUAUUGUACUUUGCCUGUGCAAUUGUACAUAACUCAUCGUGAUCUGCUAGCGUACUGAGAGAUACGUAUUGAGAAGUAUCUUGUUAAUUUUCUUUGAGGUGCCAGCCGCAUCAAUGUCGAAAAUGAAAAAAAACUUCCUAUUCUGCA